AUGUCUGAACCUCGUCAGCUUCGUGCGCGUAAAUUGGUACCAGUCGUCCUUUUGCCCCCUGUAGGCCAAGGCCGGGCAAGCACCAGAGGAGCUGGAAAGUCUGCCCCAACCAAGGAGGCUGAGAGUGCGACCGCCAUUGAAGCUAGCGGCAAUGCAGUUUCCGACACCGUAGCCUCCCAGGCCGUCGGUCUUCCUACUCGCUCCAAGAAAAAAAGCGACGCCAGCGUCGAAGCCAUCGUCAACACCGAAUCGACUCCGGCAGUCAAGCGCCCUCGUCGUUCCAAAAAAAAAAAUUCCAAAGCUGUCAAGAGAGCGCCUGUGCGGAAUUCGGAGCCUGAGAAGUCAGCUGUGACUACAGACAAUGAAAGCGUCACAGACACCGACACUAGCAUCAAGGCCGUGGUUGAGGCCCAACCCACUCAGGAUGAACCAUCCUCCACCACAGCAGACGCCAUGGUCGACCAACAUGGACUCAGCUCGGUCACGAAGACUUUGGGUCCUCUCAGUACUUCCGAACAUCAAGACACUGCGAAAACCAAUAUCCCCAAAACAAUCUGUGCCUACGGACGCCAAAAAGAGGUUAUGCCCGUGGACGACCCAGAUACCACGCCAACCCAGAACCUUGUUUCUCGCGAUAAUCGACGCAAGGAUGACAUACCGGACGCUGCCCAAGACAUCUUUUACAGCAGAAACCCGAAUGCUAGGGCUUCAAAUGCCUCUGCUUCUGCUACUUCGGUAUUGCCUUUGGGUCUCCAGGCUACGCUAAUAUCUGCCUCAUCAAGAGUUUCCCCAUCAGCGGACGCCACUUUCGCGAUCAAAUCGACUCUAAUUCCGACCAAUGAUUCUUCUGGUUUUCUUCCAUCUUCACCGCUCUCCCGCACGACAGGGCCCGCUCCUCGUUCAAGGGGCCUCUACAAAAUACGUAACUGGCCGGACAUCCCCCCCCUCAAUGUUAUUGACCCUGCGCUGAACUUUCGCGAGCCCUUGACCCCGGACCCAGCGUCCAGUGAUGAGGAAUUUGAUUCCACGAUGCCGUCGGAUGACGGGCUUCCCCUCCCUUCAGCAUCAGCUGUUCCACAUCCAGGGACCAACUAUUUCUGCCGUAUUGGCAGAGCUAUCGAGGACCUGGGUUAUGUAGGUUAUCGAUCAAGGAUUGGGUUGGCUGGGCCGGGCGAUUGGGCUGCGUAUGCCCCAUACAUUUGUUGGUAUAAUCGCGCCAGUCAUGAAUGGGAGCAACUCCCCCCAGGAUAUACCACAGAGAAACCUCGGGCGUUACACGAUCUUGCUGAGGUGGAGGCAUGGUGGGAGGUGGCCAAGAUAAUUGCCCAGGAAAGAGCUGAUGAGCUGGACGAUGAGUCUGCCGGUGCAAAGGAGUCUGGGCAGGAAGCUGUUGAAGUAGAGUCAGGCAGGGAGAAAGAGUCAGGCGGCCCAAAGGAGGACAACAACCAAGCAGAGUCAAUGCCCGAACCAGAUCAAGAUGGCGAAAAGGGCUAUAGAUCGAGUUCUUGCGGGUCAGGUAGCGACUUCGGCGAAACUGAGGAGGCGAAGGCACGUCAACGUGAAUGGGCUCGCAAAAACCGGGGACGGGGCCAUGAUGAGAUGGAUACCGCGGAAGAGGAGGCUGAUGAUGAGAAGAGGAUGAGCAGGACAGGCGUCGAAUGA